AUGGCGGUUGCUUUCAGUCCUAAAGUAGACCAGGAGUUGAAUACGCUGCUUUUGUUGAGAAACAACUUGACUGUGUUUGAUUACGUCAUUGUGCAGGGGAGCGGGGUUCAGGGUUCGGUUGCUAUCGACAGUGUCCAGCCCGGCACUGAACCUCUCAUGUUUGAGUUCCCCAACUCUGUCAUGGAGAACUGUCUAGCUGGUACUGUUGUGGACCCGCUAGCAGACCCCCUCAAGCUCACCAAGACCUUUAGAAUGCAUAACUCUGGCUCCACCUCCAUCACCUUGCGUAUUAUCGGACUGGAGGGUGGCAGUUGUGACGGGAGAGGCUUCGUUAUCUCUAACUGUAACAAGGACAUCACCAUUAAACCAAACCGAUCAAAGAAAAUUGAAAUAACGUUCACUCCAGAUUACACACUGACCCAAGUCUCCACCACUCUACGAUUACAAACCUCCACUGGCAACGAGUUCCUCUACCCUCUACUAGCCAUCCUCCCCCACCAACUAUUAGCGGCGUGUAUUGCCUUACAGCCUCGGCCCGAAUGGGAGAAAACACUGGCCUGGUUGUCUGUACCGUUUUGGCUGCUUGUCAUACUCUGCCUUGUAGCUACAGUAUUCGUGCAGACCAAGUUCGGAAUGAGAAGCAGUAGUUUUGUGUCCUAUAAAAGUGAGGCGAAAGCAACGAAAGGCUCUGGAGAAGUAUUCGAUUUGAAGAAGUUGUCAAAGUCUAUGGAUGUGCUGUCCAAGAAGGUCCAGGAAUUAGGAGAGAAAAGUUCUAACCAGAAGUCUGAGUCCACUGGUCAAUCUAUGAAAAUUGAAGUAACUCGAGAGCCUCCUAAACCCUCUACCGAUAAGAACACUCCCGUAUCUAAACCUAAGCCUGAGCCGCUAGUAACCCCCACUACUGCUCAAGAAAUACCCACUCUCAGACAUCGUGUGGUACAAAGCAAGAUCGAGAGAAAACCAUCAUCACAGGAAACUAUCACCUCAUUGCAACCUGUUCCAUCUAGAUCACACACGGCUGUUACUUCCACGCCGAAGGGAAUGUCCUUCAAGAUCCCCAUUGCUCCUGUUACUGAGCCGAGUGUCAUCUCCCCACCUAGAACAGGCACGGACAAUCACACUGGAGCUAGAGAGCAGACCCAGCCUUGUACUCCAACCACCGGUGCACCAGCGCAACUCUGCUCAUCCCCUACCAAACUGAAGCGUAGCAGCGAGAAAACCAUCCCCGAAAAAACCGUGUCCAAAGGCGAGAUCAUUUCAAAAACACCCACGGAAACUAAUCCGAGCUCUCCACCAGCGAAUGGGAGAAAAUCAAAAAUCGUACGAAAAUUGAAGCCUCUAAAGAUAACGCCUGAUAGUUCACCCCUCCCCCCGUCCGGACGGAAGGAGCUGGAGAGGAAGGUCUCGGAGAGUAGCAUUGUUUCUAGCAACAGUGAUUCGGCAUCUACGGGUACCGACAAGUCGGAGGAAGUGGAAACACCUAGCCAGGUGGUUACUGUGGUAGCUGAAGUGAAGAAGCCUCCACCACCUGUCACCAAGGAGCCCAACACUGGCCAGACCAUCCAUCCUCCCGACACGCCCGAGAGUACAGAGGUCAUGUCACCAAGAACAGAACUGGUCGACAAGAAAGAACCACCGAUUAGUACCGUUCGGAUGAAAGGAAAGAGGAAACCUCGACAACAGAUCAAGAAAGAGGAAAAAGCUCGUAAAAAGGAGAGAGGGAGAGACAAAGAACGAGAGAAAGAAAAGGAUACGGACAAAACAGACGCUAAGCAACUAGUUGGUUCAUUUGAAGAUUCCUCUUCGUCUAAUUCCACUGAGCAACUUGACAACGACAGCACACCUCCUCUUGAAGAUACGGUACAAACUAAAACUGAAACCAACGUGCAAUGUGACAAAACUACUGAGAAUGAACUCAAUAAACUAUCAGAGACAACUAUUAUCGACGUAUCCCCAAACGAGGGCAAUGAAAUACCGGUACUCGUGUCCCCAGCUGUUCCCAGUACUGCCAUCAAGACUGGUUGUACAACUAAGACCACAAAACAAGAAACUAAAGAGACGUUCACUGACUCGUUUUCAAGAACACCAGAUCAAGCCGCCACUUACGGUACUAAGAAAAUCAGUACUGGCAAAAAACCUUCCGAGAAAAUUAAAUCACCCGUUGUUGAGAAGAUCACACAACUAGUUAGGACAAUCUUCUCGAACACCAGCUGAAAUCAGAUGAAAACGUUAGACAGCGGCCACAAACUCUGCAUGUUGUACCUAUCAUAAGGAGCGAGUUGAUUGAAGAACCUGUUAUCGUAAUUCCAAUUGACUCUGAUAGCUUGGUUGAAACGGAUGGUGUGACACAUACUCUACUCAGUGUGGACUCUGGUAAAGGCGGUUCUCAGAGUCUGCCCACUUCUCCUCACGAGAGCUGGCUGCUUCUUUACUAUCCAAUAACUCGGCCAUUAUGCGUAGGAAGCAGAAGAGCGAUCGUGACAAACCUGACGAUGGACAGGAAGAUGAUGACUACCAACUCCCGGAACAAGACGAGCAAAGUGAAACUGAAAUGACGAAACCAAUUGAAGCACCACUGAGUCCACAGAAAGAUGAAUCUUCUCAUAAUUCAAGCGACAAUGAGUUCAAGCCGCCUCUAUCUACACUCUCCCUGAACGCAGAACCAUUUUAUCCAUCUCCAACUUUUGCACCGAAAUCUGGCCCAAGUCUACGAGCAGAUCCGAGGAAAUUUGGUCCCGACCACAGCUCCCAGCCCAGAGGACCACCCCCUGGUUUAUCACCAACUCCUGAUGAUGCCCACAUGCGUCCCUACCCUGAGGGGUCGUACUUUAAGAGACCACAUCCGUUACGAGGAGGCAAAUCGAUGACCCCCUCACCACCUUUACCGUAUUUCCCCGAGGGAUCGCAUAUGCCGUACAGUGACUAUCCCUCACUUGAACAUCACAAUCCAAUGGCAAUGGACGAACCGUACAGUGGGCCUGAGGACUUCCCACCGAUGCCUAUGGGGCGUCAUAGUCGAGAGCACUAUCGUGGUCGCUCACCAAUGAUGGCACCAAAGAGCGGACAUGGCAGACAACACAUGCAUCCGAAUAUGGAAGCGUAUAUGCAUCAUCUGUACAUGCAGAGAGCACGAGAGUACAGCUAUCGUCCACAAGGACCUUGGGACCACCACCAUCACUCACACAGGCUCCAGGUGCCACCCAUGGAGGAGGGGGGCAUAUAUGACCAGCAGUAUUUGAGAAAGAGACAAUACAUCAUGAAACUUAUUGAACGGGAAAGAGCUAUUGCUGCUAUGGAAAGAGAUCAACCUAGACAUCCUAUUGAUGCCCCCUCCCCUGCCAAGUUUGGACCAGAUGUUAGCCCCUCCUCUAUUGGAUCGAGAGGAUAGGACAAUCCAGACUUCAGCGAGCAGUCCCCGGAAGACCCUGACUUGAUUCCCUAUCGUCAAAGUAAUCUAUUGCCAGAGAGACCAAGAAGGAGCCGUACUUACAGCAUGGAGAGUGAUCUAGGAGGAGAGUUUGUGACUGAUUUCCCUGCUGUCUCGGCCGUGGGUGCUCCGGGUCAACAGUUCUCGUCUCGCGGGGAGAAGGGCUCUAUCUCCAGCAAGAGUCUGGCACCAGGAAGGUCUAGGAGUGCUGGCUGGCCUGCUGGGGAGGGAAAGAGCACCAGUCCUAACUGGGACAGCCCCAACACGUGGUCAACAGACACUGCUCCAUUCUACAGUAAUGACAUCACCUCCGAUAUGAGCCCCCUACCUAUCAGCAGUGGCACCACCGACCCAACCUCACCCUCCGAGGACACCACACUCUCAACCACCACCUAUGACCUCUUUGAGAACCAAAGUAUCUGGAGCCUGAGCAACGCUGAUAGUUCAACACUUCUUUCCUGGGCCCAACAGAAAUCUGAACCCUCACAAAGCAAGACUGAGUAAAGCCCCCCUCUGACCUACUGCAACGAUUUGGACUAUGAAUUUUGGAUAACGAUUUCAACUUAACCUCAUUUCAAUUGAGUUGUCUGCUAUUAGCUCUAGUAUCAGCAUUUUAGCGAGUGAUUAUCUAGCCAGCUAUCUAGUUUAUUAUUGUUAUCGUGUAGCUACUAGUAGAUCGUUCAGUUGUCAUUUUGAGAGCUGUAUGUGUUUAGUAGCUAGCUGAUGACAUUAUUGUGUCUUGGCAUUAUGAAUUAACAAUUAACAA